AUGACCCUAGUCCAAUACUCUGAUUCGGAAUCUGACUCAGAGUCUAGAUCCCAUCCCCGCCCACUCAAGAAAUCUCGCCACGACCCCAAUCCAGGGAUAUCGCUGCCGCCCCUACCUGCAGCAUUCCACAACCUCUAUGCCUCGAGCACACGUGUGAGCGUGCAAGAUAAUCCCAGUCUUCAUGGCGGCCGAACACGCAUAAUUCCCCAUAUUGAAGGAAACUGGCCAACACAUCUUUAUCUUGAAUGGUAUCCGGGCAAAGAUGAGUUAUCGCUCCUUGCAGAUGUCAUUUCUCAGUCUGGAGAUUUGUCCAUUGAGGAAGCACCAAUAGUACACAGUCUUCUACAUAGCGAUCUCGGUGCUCAGUUGCCACUGCAUAUCAGCCUGUCUCGGCCGAUUAUUCUUCGCACUGAGCAGCGUGCUUUGUUUACUGAGGCCUUGCAAAAGGUCAUCCACGACUCGCAUGUGCAAUCAUUCAACGUGCAACCGGACACCUUAUAUUGGUCAUCAAACUAUGAAAAGACACGCUGGUUUCUUGUCUUGGGCGUGCAAAGACCCAGCAAUGAUGGUCUGAACCGCCUAUUGAAGCUGUCGAAUGAUACACUUGCUCGCUUUGGCCAACCGCCCCUGUAUGCAACCUCGACUCGUGAGCAGCAGACAACUGCAUCCCUCCGUAACAGAAGUAGCGAUCUGAGCGACGAGGAUUUCUCCGGUUGCUUCCAUAUCUCACUUGCGUGGAGUCUGUCCGAACCAAGUGCAAAGGAACGUGAACGGGUCGCCGGGAUAGAUUUGCGAACUUUGCGAGAAAUCCAGGUUGGAUUUGACAGCGUCAAAGCAAAGAUCGGGAAUACCGUCGGUAGUAUACCAUUAGGGAAAAGCUCAUAG